AUGUUUACCAGGAGCAUUGGGGUGCGUGUUCUUCGAAACUGCACCCGAUGUUCGAAACUUUCAUCACCACCGGCAGUUCGAUCGAUAUCGCGGCGGUUUUCUUCUUCAUCGACCGCUGCUUACCAUGGAUCUCCUCCGACGGCGCAUCCCCUCGCUGGGGUCGCCUCACAACUUGAUCAAGUCGCGCCUCGAUUCGAGAUUGACCCAGAUCAUAUCGAGAUCCUCGACUCUCCUACAGCGUUUUACGAGACCUUGAAGGCUAAAAUAAGAGGAGCGAAACGACGAAUAUAUUUGUCCACUCUCUACAUUGGCAAAACCGAACAUGAACUCGUCAAUACCCUCAGAGAAGCGUUGGAGAACAAUCCAAACCUCGAGCUGUCAAUAUUGACAGAUGCGCUUCGAGGGACUCGGGAAGAUCCUGAUCCCUCGUGUGCCACUCUUUUGGCUCCAUUAAUCUCAGAGUUUGGAGACAGAGUGCGGAUUUUCAUGUUUCACACUCCAAAUUUGAAUGGAUGGAAGAAGAAGUACAUGCCGAAACGUAUCAACGAAGGAUGGGGUUUACAGCACAUGAAGUUGUACGGUUUCGAUGAUGAGAUCAUACUGGCCAAUUUGUCUGAUGAUUAUUUCACCAAUCGACUGGACCGGUAUCAUAUCUUCGCCUCAAAAGAACUGGCUGACUUUUAUGGAGCGGUCCAUGAGGCAGUCUGUGACUUGUCAUAUCAACUUUUACCUUCCGAUGGCCAUCCCGGUGGCUUUGAAUUGAACAGUCCUCAUGAACGAGGCUUCCCGGAUCCACUAUGGCAUACGAGGAGAUUCAAGUCUUAUGCGAAAGAGACACUUGAGCCGCUUAUCCACAAGAAAGCAAGACAAAAAAUGUUUCCGAUCCCUUUUACCCAGGAAAAGACCUUCGUUUACCCUCUGGCUCAAUUCGAUAUCCUACUCGGUGAGCCCAGGAAUAUCACCUUUCUGGACUACGAGUUCGCAUCGUAUACGUCGACCGAGAAGCCUGCGAUAUCGCGACUGUUGACGAAUCUCGCGGAGGAUGAACAACUGCAUAAGUCUACAUGGACCUUCACGGCAGGAUAUUUCAACAUCGACCCUGAUGUUAGUAAACUGCUCAUUGCUGCGGCACCAGAAGCACCAGUAGCACCAGUCUUGGCACCCGGCACCAAAACAUUCGAGAAAGCCUGCACAGUCAUCACAGCAUCGCCUUGGGCCAAUGGAUUCUAUGGAAGCUCUGGUGUGAGUGGGAUGUUACCGGCAGCAUAUACCCUCCUCUCACGUCGAUUUUUGCGUACUGUUGUCAAGGCCGGAAAGAAAGAUGUCAUUCAGCUCAAAGAAUGGAGGAAAGGAACAGUCGGUGAACCUGGUGGAAUGACAUAUCACGCCAAGGGGCUCUGGGUGACACUUCCUCCGCAGCCCGAUAUCCAGGGAAAUCUCCAAGAUGAAUCUGGUCCGAGCAUAACCGUGGUCGGAAGCAGUAACUACACGAAAAGAAGUUAUAGCCUUGAUCUAGAGAUUGGGGCGAUGGUCGUGACAGGUGACGAAGGUUUGAAAGCCAGACUGAGGAAAGAGAUGGAUAAUCUUCAAGAAAAUGCGACCACUGUAACACAAGAUGAUCUAGCAAAAGUUGACCGAAGGGCGAGCUUCAAGGUCAUAGCUGCCUUGUGGCUGGUCGAAGCUCUAGGAGGUGCUCUUUGA